AUGAAAGAAAGGACAGACCGCAAAUCAUACUUCUUUAUUAUUACUCUUACCGUUACCCUUUUUAUUUCGACCUGGAAACACUUAUAUGAUUCACGCACCACUGCUAAUACAUGGGACAAAAGAGCCCUCCCUCAAAAUAGCACCUUACACACAGCACCAGGUAGAAUAUUAAAGGGUGAUAUUGAACCAGGAACGCAGGAACAAUAUAAGGACAUAAAAGAAAGAAUUAUAAAUUUGCUAGAUGAAGAUGAUGAGUCAUUCAAAGAAAGAUUUGAUGCAUUGGCACACGAUGGAAUUUUUAGAAAAGAAUAUGAUGGGUUGAUGAGUCAGUACAACCUUGAAAAACUGUCGAAUGCAUUAAAACGGUAUCAUGACUUUGAAAAAAGAGUAAAUCCCUUCAAAAAUAAUAAGCGUAGGAAAGAGAUCAGAAGUAUAAACAAUAAUAAUGAGUUGGACAAUCAAUAUGACGAAUUCAAAUAUUACUAUGACGAUUAUGAAGGAACAAAUCGUGCAUUCUAUUAUGCAAAUGAUUUCCUCACAAGGCAGAGAGCAAGAAGGAGCAGAUAUCGCCAACCGUUUAGAAGGAAACCUAAAGUGAAAAAAAAUAAAAGGCCAAGAAUAUUUAAUUAUUUAAACACAGCUAUUUCAAAGAUAAAGGCAAAAAAGCCAAUUGCUGAUUCAAUUCCUUAUAACAAUAAUGAAUAUAGGCUUAAACCUAGUAGAAAUAAUAGAAAAAACUGGUAUCACAUGGAAAAUUUUAAAUUCCAGCUUUCACUAUUUUCUGUAAAAUUGUUAAAAGCAAUUUUAAUUGUACUAUACUACACAACUAACGAAGUUAUUGGUUUACUUUUUCCAUAG